AAGUUCAUUUCAAGCUGCAUGCACAAGCUUCCGGAUGAAAUGGAGGAAAGCAGCUCUCUAGCACUUGGCUUGUAUGGGCUUCUCACUGUGGUGCUUGGGGUAGCAGUUGUCUUCCACUUUCAGAAAUCUGAAGCACGUUUAAACUUGAGCGUCGUCAGCAGUGUCUCUUCGCUGCUGUUACUGGGGGCUGCGUCCCUGUGUUCCCUUUACUUACCGCAGGCCAUGGGAUUUGUGUUUUUUGCUCUCUCCUGCUAUCUGGUUUAUCGGUUAUUCUGCUCCGAUGGAGUACUUUCACCGGAAGGGAAGGCUGUUCUGAUCACUGGUUGUGACUCAGGCUUCGGACACAGUUUGGCCAAGCGACUCCAUUCGCUUGGUUUCCAUGUGUUUGCAAUGGUGCUUCAAGAGGAGAGUGAUGGCGCUCAAGAACUCAAGUCGGUGUGUUCCGAUCGACUCACCGUAAUUGAAAUGGAUGUGACAAAUCAUGCGGUGAUUCAAGAUGUUCGAAAAGAAGUUGCAAAACAAUUAAAUAACCGGGGACUCUUUGCAUUAGUAAAUAAUGCUGGUGUUAUAAUCCAUAUUGGUGAUGCAGAAAUCAUCCCAACAGAUGCUUACAAACGAUGUAUGGAAGUCAAUUUUCUUGGAACAGUCCAAGUUACUAAGGCAUUUUUACCCUUUAUUCGUCGAGCAAAAGGAAGGAUUAUCAACAUUUCUAGUCCCUCAGGGGAACUACCACUUGGAGGCAUGUCAGCAUAUGGAGCAUCCAAAGCAGCACUUGAGUUUUUUUCGGACAUUUUGCGUCAAGAGAUGAAACCCUGGGGAGUAAACAUAUCCAUUAUCCAACCUGGUGCUACCAAAACCGCACAAGUUGGGAAUGUCAACUUCUGGGUGCAACAACAUCAAAAACUUAUGGAAGGCCUCUCUCCAGAACUCCUUCACGAUUACGGAGAAGAAUAUGUUAAUGAAAUUCAGCGAAGGAUCACGACAAUAGGUCCACUUUUCCGACAGCACGUAGGCCCAGUUAUUGACACAAUUGUCACUGCUUUGUUAGCACAAUACCCAAAGCCGAGAUACACCACUGAGUUUGUGAUUGAUGUGUUAAAAGUUCUCUACUACUUCCUGCCUUCUUUGGUCACUGAUACUGUUCUUAAUCAAGUUUUCAUUGCUCAUAGACUUUCACCAAAAGGUGCAAGAAAGGUUAACAACAGCCAAUGAAACUCUAAAUGCUUGAGGCUUGUGUUUUAUAUGUAAUGCUUUCAAAUUAUUAAGUUUUCAAUCAGUAAUUUUGCUGGUCACCAUUAAGUUAGUUUGUUGUUGAGCUGAACAUCAACAUAAAAUGCAAGUGUGUUAAGUAGGAAUUGUAUUUAGUACCUGGAAAAUAAAUUGAUGUGUUAGCAGUGAAUAAUGAUGCCUCAUUUAGAGCAAUUUGUGGACAUUAAUACUAAUUCUGUGGCUGAUGAAAUGGAUAUGGCAACAAAGUAGCAAAGGCAAAGAUAUGUAAUGAAUGUUCUUCUUCACUGUUUUUGUAGAAUGCCUCAUUCCUAGAUAUUGUAAAAAGGAAAAUCAAAUAGAGUCCCUUUUAUGUUGGAGGCAAUAAGAACUACAGAUGCUGGAAGCCAGAGUCUAUACAUGUGGAGCUGGAAAAGCACAGCAUGUCAGAUAGCAUCCAAGAUGCAAGAAAGUCAACAUUUCAGGCCGAUAACCUUUAACCUUUGUCUGAUGAAAAAUGACUUUCCUGCUCCUCAGAUGCUGUCUGAGCUGCUGUACUUUUCCAACUCCACAUGCAGCAAAGGCAAAGAUUUGUAUUGAAUGUUCUUCUUCACUGUUUGAUCAGAUGGGUGGAGAAGUGGCAGAUGGAGUUUAAUUCCCAUAAAUGCGAGGUGCUGCAUUUUGGGAAAGCAAAUCUUAGCAGGACUUAGACACUUAAUGGCAAGGUCCUAGAGAGUGUUGCUGAACAAAGAGACCUUUAGAGUACAGGUUCAUAGCUCCUUGAAAGUGGAGUCGCAAGUAAAUAGGAUAGUGAAGAAUACGUUUGGUAUGCUUUCCUUUAUUGGUCAGAGUAUUGAGUACAGGAGUUGGAGGUCAUGUUGUGGCUGUACAGGACAUUGGUUAGGCCACUGUUGGAAUAUUGCGUGCAAUUCUGGUCUCCUUCCUAUCGGAAAGAUGUUGUGAAACUUGAAAGGGUUCAGAAAAGACUUACAAGAAUGUUGUCAGGGUUGGAGGAUUUGAGCUACAGGGAGAGGUUGAGUAGGCUUGGGCUGUUUUUCCCUGGAGCGUCAGAGGCUGAGAGGUGACCUUUAUAGAGAUUUAUAAACUCAUGAGGGGCAUGGAUUGGAUAAAUAGACCAAGUCUUUUCCCUGGUGGGGAAGUCCAGAACUAGAGGGCAUAGGUUUAGGGUGAGAGGGUAAAAGAUAUAAAAGUGACCUAAGGGGCAACUUUUUCACGAAGAGGGUGGUACGUAUAUGGAAUGAGCUGCCAGAGGAAGUGGUGGAGGCUAGUACAAUUGCAACAUUUUUAAAAGGCAUCUGGAAGGUAUAGGAAUAGGAAGGGUUUUGAGGGAUAUGGGCCAGGUACUGGCAGGUGGGACUAGAUUGGGUUGGGAUAUCUGGUCAGCAUGGACGGGUUGGACUGAAGAGUCUGUUUCCGUGUUGUACAUCUCUGACUCUAUGUAUUGACCCUUUUUAUGUUAGAUAUCUGAUGUCUGGGAUUAAGAUUACAUGAGGAUUCCUGAAGUUAUGAUUGGGUUAUAGGGUCAAAAACUGAGGCUGGAAAAGCACAGCCAGUCAGGCAGCAUCCGAGGAGCAGUAGAGUUGAUGUUGCAAGGAUAAGCUCUUCAUCAGGAAAUCACAUUCCAGAUGAAGAGGUUAUGCUUGAAACGUCAACUCUCCUGCUCCUCGAAUGCUGCCUUACCAAUUGUGCUUUUCCAGCGACACGUGUUUUGACUCUGAUCUCCAGCAUCUGUAGCCCUCACUUUCUCUUUUUGUACGAGAAGUAACUGCACAGUAGUGUGUUUGGAUAGGAUCAUCCCAGGCUUUCUGCUGCUUUCUCCCAUCAGCUAUUUUUUGGGAACCCAAGCGGUUGGAUGCCUGAAGAAAACUGAUGGUGGGGCUUGAACUGAAUCUUUGUGGUAACCAGAAGCUGCAAGAGAACAAACUGGUAAGUUCCGGCAAGGCACUUUCAGAUCUUUUGGUGCCUUCAGGCACAUGAUUUCCAGUCGCAACUGAAUAGCUGGAUACCUAUGAGUCUUUGUUCUUAAAGUAGAUUGAAUCUCACUGUGAGACUUGCAGACAGCUAGCACUCUGCUGUGGGAAGAAUUUAUUAUUCAGAUCUGCUGGAAAACUGUUGAAAUGCGACUGAAAAGUCUAAAGCACAGAAUCAAAUUUGAUUCUGUUUAUUGACACAGUUGCGAGGGAUAUUGUAUGUGAAUUAAAUUUGAUUUCUCUCCUGUAUUUUCUUGGCAUUGAUUUACUGUCCUGCAUUAUGAACCUUGGCCCCUUUUUUAUCAAGGUUUCCCUUUGCAAAUUAGAAGUGUUAGAAAUCAUUUAAUCUUGUGCACUAAUUUUGCAUUAUGUUAUGAAUUUCAGCCAAACUCGGGGGAAAACAAGUUAUGAGAAUUUGCCACCUUCAAUAUAUCUAGGCACAUAAAUGAUUAAAAUUAAUUUGGCUGCAAUAUAAUUGUGCUUUUAUUGUAUCAUGUGAAGAUGUACAGAUCAAAGAAAUUUGGUCUUGGAAAAUAAAUCAUAAAGCCAUU